GGGCCACAGGUCGGAUUCCAACCUGGGCCUCUACAAAGGACUCGGCCUACAUGGGGCGCACACUCUACCAGGUGAGCUACAGGUCGCCCCAGAGGUGUGGCUUUCAACAAUAGCCUCUUUUUCAAACCAAUUCAGUCCCUGUGGGAGGAGACUUUACAUCAGACUUCUUUCAGUCCCCACAGCCAAUGGGAUAUGAUUUCAGGGAUUGUGUACAGCAUGCUGAACAAUAGAGGGUUUUCUUUCACCUUGCAGUAGAUCCUCACCCCGACACUGCUAUUGCUCUCAUCUGCAGAACUGCUCUGUGAGAGAUCAAAUGUAACAAAAGGACUACAUAGACAAGUAUCAGUGUUAAAGAUAAUAAGUCAGAGCUGGUAUGCAAAGGGACUUACCUUUCCUACGUGGCAUGAAGAGUAAGCAUCUGUCAAGUGUCAUUGGUUCACAUUUGGGUGUUAAUAAUGUCUGGCAUCAAAGGAAAGUGCACACAAAAAAGGAGACUGAUUCUCUGGGUUUUAUUGACCAACAUAAUGCUGGUGCUGUACUGCUUGAUGAACCCAACCCAAGUCAAGAUCAGGGGCUCCCAACAAGACACGUGUCCUCUAAGCAUAGCAAAACUGAAAGAAAAUGUGAGCAUGCCUUCUCAAAGCACAGAAGAGUGCUCCCCCACAGUAGACAUCAUGUUUAUGAAGACCCACAAAACUGCCAGUAGCACCAUACUCAACAUCCUCUUUAGAUUUGGAGAAAAACACAAGCUUAAAUUUGCCUUACCUGAUGGGCGUAAUGACUUCUUCUACCCAUCGCCUUUUCUGUGCUCCCAGGUGAAAGAUUACAGGCCUGGAGACUGUUUCAACAUUAUUUGUAACCACAUGCGCUUUGACCAUCAAGAAGUAGCCAAGCUCCUGCCUCCAGAUGCUGUGUACAUCACCAUCAUACGGGACCCAGUGGAUCUCUUUGAGUCAUCCUUCAACUAUUAUCACAAAGCAGUUCCUCUCACAUGGAGUAUCACUGGAGAGAACAAACUGGCAGAGUUUCUAAACAGUCCUCAGACCUUCUACAGCCCACAGGCUUUUAACUCAUUCUACCUGAAAAAUCUGCUCUUUUUUGACUUUGGUUUUGACAACAACCUGGAAGCUGAUGAUCCUCGUGUCAUGAGGGAUAUUCAUAACUUAUCAAAACAUUUUGAUUUGGUUCUCGUAGCAGAGUAUUUUGAGGAGUCUCUUAUCCUGCUUAAGGACAAACUGUGUUGGACUAUGGAAGACAUCAUGUAUUUUAAACUCAAUGCUCGCAGGAGCUCAUCUGUAUCUCGUCUGACCCCUGAGUUGAGAGCCAAAGCUUUACAGUGGAACGGGGCUGACUGGAGACUCUAUCAGCACUUUAAUGCUACCUUCUGGGCCAGAGUAGAGGCGUAUGGAAGAGAAAGAAUGAAACAGGAGGUAAAUGAGCUGAGGAGAAGAAAUGCUGCGAUGAAAGCUAUCUGUGUCGAGGAUGGAGAUGCGGUUGAAGCCCAAAAGAUUCAGGACAGACGUUUCCUGCCCUGGCAGCCAGUUGGAGAGUCUUCCAUCCUGGGGUACAACAUGAAGAAAAAUGUUCAUCCAACAUUCAGGACACUUUGUGAAAAAAUGCUCACGCCUGAAAUACAAUAUUUGUCAGAUCUGGGCGUAAGCCUGUGGCUUACUAGACUAUGGGGUUGGUUAAAAGAUGCUGUUUUUACAAUUUGACUUGGAUUAAAAACAUUUACAACUACAAUAUAACAAUUUGUCUUGCAACACAAUGAUGCCUAUUUGAAACAAUUGUUUUCCUCGUUUCAGAAAAUCUUUCACUUUUCUUCUGAAUGAUGCAUCUAUAAUGUUCAGAUUUGUCUCCUAGAAUCUGUAUUUGCAUUUGGCUGCAUAGAAUGCUUUACAUUUAGGAAUUUUUACCACUCCCACGUAGGCCUUCAGAUGGGUCACAGUUAGCUAAGAUACUUCUACUCAUCAUCCGUUAGCCUUUAAUUGCUUCAUUUAGUUGUACACUACAUAAAAACACUGUUUACACUCUUUUAAAAAUAGGUUCAGGCUUAAAGUGUGAACAGUAAGACUCCUUAUUGUUGUUGCCUCUAAAUUAGUAAAAUUCUGCAGUUGAUGAUCA